AUGAUCCUGCACCGCCUGAGCGCGCUGAACGCGCUGCACGUCGUCCUCGCGUCGGCGUCGCCGAGACGCCGAGAGAUCCUGCGCGACGUCGUCGGCGUCGAGUGCGACAUCGCGCCGAGCGCGUUCGCCGAGAAUUUGCCGCACGAAGACUACGACGGCGCGGCGGCGUACGCGCGCGCGACGGCGUGGAUGAAAGCGAUGGACGUGUACGAAAAUUGGGACGCGAACGAACGAGGGAGCGAAAUGCCCGACGUCAUCAUAGGCGCCGAUACCGUGGUGGAAUCCGCGGAUGGGACGACGAUGGAGAAACCGGCGGACGCGGCGAGCGCGACGGCGAUGCUUCGAGCGUUGUCGCGGUCGGAGAGUAAAGUGCACACGGGAGUGGCGAUCAUCGGUGGUAAAAUUUCGAAGAAGACUGGGAAGAUAUAUGGGAAGAGCUUUAGCGAGACGACGAGGGUCGAAUUCGCGGAACUGAAGGCGGAGGAGAUAGCGGCGUACGUGGCGACAAAGGAACCGUACGAUAAAGCGGGCGGGUACGGCAUACAGGGACCGGCGGCGGUGUUCAUUCGAGGAAUCGUCGGUGAUUAUUUUAACGUCAUGGGGCUUCCCGCGCACGCGUUCGCGAGGGAAUUAGAAUCGAUGAUUGACGACGUCGUCGAGCACGCUUAG